UAUGUAUAAAAAAUUGUUUAAUUAAAAAAAGAAGACAUUAUACACUUUCUAAGAAGGAGAAUCAAAGCUAUAUUGUAAAACCAUAACUCCGUCUGCACGCCAUUCUCUGCUCGUCGAUUGAAGCUAGCUUCAUACACAUCUUUUCUCUACAGUCUUUGAUAGAAAUUGAAAUUGAGAAAUUGUCUAGUCUAUGAUCAAUUGAUGGUUGUCGAGCAGACGCAUGUUAACAAAUUCUGGAGAUAAUUUUGUUGAUAAACUAAUUUAUUAUAUAAAAAGAAAAAGUCCAGUGAAAGCAUAUUUAAUAUUGAAGUUGGAACAUUGCUGAGAAAUAUUUAGUGUUACACGGGUAGUGGCAAUAGAAGGACGCUGUUGUGUGCGGCGGCAUCUCGCAACCCAAGUGCUCAAUUAGUUAUGUCUACGUGCCAGUGUCCUCGGGCAGACGAGUGAAAGUGCAACAAACUAUGCGAGUGAACAUGUCGGGGUGAAAUUAAAUGAGUGAAAAGUGGACGAGGUAGACGUUCCAAUGGAAAACGUAAACUUUCAGCCGAGCGGGGACGAGAUCGAGCGGGCCUUGAUGGAUCUGGGCCCCCUGCUCGGCGUCACCAUCAAGGAGGAGGUGCCGGACGAGCUGGGCGACGCGGGCGCGCCGGCCGCCGCCGCGCUCAAUGUGAGCAGCACGCCGGAUGGUGGCGGCGCGGGCGGCGCGGACGCGGCGUCGCCGGGCGCCGACAAGGGCUCGGCGGACUCGCUGGCGUCGCCGGCGCGGGCCUCCCUGGCGGCCACGCGCUGUGUGCUGUGUCACACGGCGCUGGCGCUGGCCGACGGCACGCCCAAGCUCAUGGAGUGCCUGCACUCCGCCUGCGAGCCCUGCAUCCGCGCCAAGCUCGACGAGAAGCAGGCCAGCUCCAGGGACUUCUUGGGCGCGGAGCGGCUGGCGGUGACGUGUCCCGCGUGCCGCCUGCAGUGCCAGGUCGCCAACAUGAUCGACCAGCGCUUCGUGCUCGAGAAGAUGCAGCUCGAGCAGGCCGGCUCCAACGGCGUGAGCGGCGAGCAGCAGUGCAACAGCUGCGAGGACACGGAGCCCGCCACCAGCUACUGCGUGGACUGCGGCGAGUUCAUCUGCGACAACUGCGUGAACGCUCACCAGAGGCUCAAGAUCACCAAAGAGCACACGAUCAAGUCCAAGGAGGAGGCGGUGGCGGAGCUGCAGGCGGCGGCGGGCGCGCGGGCCCCCAGCGACAUGUUCUGCGCCGAGCACGCGGGCGAGCGCCUGGCGCUGUUCUGCGAGACCUGCGACCGCCUCACGUGCCGCGACUGCCAGCUGCAGCACCACCGCGACCACAAGUACCAGUUCAGCACGGAGAUGGCCGCGCAGGCGCGGUCGACGAUCAGCUCGCUGCUGUCGGAGGUGAGCUACAAGCGCGUGCUGCUGGGUUCCGCCAUGAAGGUCAUCCGCGACCGCCAGCACCUCAUCGCCGACAAGAAGAAGGCGCUCGUGCACGAGAUCACGCAGACCGUCGUCAAGCUCACCAACGCCAUCAACACGCGCGGCAAGCAGCUGGUGCUGCGCCUCAACGAGGUGUGCGACGCCAAGCAGCGCACGCUCACGGAGAAGAAGGAGGCGCUGGAGCAGCUCGCCGCCAUCACCGACCACUGCGUGAGCUUCGUGACGGCGGCGCUGCAGGGCUCCGACACGGCCGUGCUGCACGCCAAGCGCCAGGUGUGCGCGCACCUGCAGCGCAUCAAGUCGCGCCGCGCCGACAUCCCCAACCCCGAGAUCCCGGUCCGCAUCGCGCUGCAGCUCGACAAGCUGCCCGAGCUGUGCCGCGUGCUGGCGGCGCUGGGCAGCAUCGUGGUGGACGGCAAGCCCGACGCGCCGGCGCAGGGCCCCUACCACCCGCCCGCGCCGCCCUCCGCCGUGGCGGCGCUGCAGCACGUCGCCAUGCACCAGUCGUACGUGCAGGCGGGAGGCGCGGGCAUGGCGGGGCCGGCGGGCGCGGGGCUGGCGGGGCCGGGGGCGGGGCCGGCGCUGGGGGCGGGGCCGGCGCUGGGGGCGGGGCCGGCGCUGGGGGCGGGGCCGGGCGCGUACCUGGCGGGCGGGCUGCGCGCGCGCACCACGCCGCUGCGGCACCCGCACGUCACCUCCACCACGCACCCGCACCACCUGCACGGGAUGAACGAGAUGAACCUGCGCGGGCUGCUGAACGCGCAGACGCAGCGCGGCGCGGGGCGGGCGCCGGCGCCGCACCACGCGCCGCACCACGCGCCGCACGCGCAGCACGCGCAGCACGCGCAGCUCGCCAUGCAGCACGCCUACCAGCAGAGUGAGUGUAGUCACGCGUCCCCCACGCACUGUGUAGCCCGCGCUAACGGACUCGCGUACAGCGGCAGCGGGCGGCGCAGCGGCGGGCCGCGCACGCCGUCGCCCGCGCCGCCGCCCUACGCGCCGCCCGCCAAGUGGCACAUCCCGCAGGCGGGCGCCGCGCCCGACGCGCCGCCGCCGCCCGGCGCGCAGCCCGACUACAAGAUCACGCUGGGCCGCCGCCCGCCGCCCGCCUCCGUCACCUCCACCAACCCCAAGACGCCCAGCCCCAGCCUCAACGGCGGCGUGCCGGGCGAGCUGGACAAGGUGUGCGCGGCGUCGGUGCAGGACCUCAUGGCCACCAUCGCCAAGCUGGACUCCAACGGCGUGCAGGUGGUGGCCGAGGCCGAGCCGGCCGGGCCGCCCGCGCCGUCGCCCGCGCCGCCCGUGCACUCGUCCACGGACGAGCCGCGCGCCGACCCCAACGAGGACUGGUGCGCCGUGUGCAUGGACGGCGGCGAGCUGGUGUGCUGCGACCGCUGCCCCAAGGUGUUCCACCAGUACUGCCACAUCCCCACCGUGGACAAGCUGCCCGACGAGGCGGACGCGUGGCAGUGCCUGCUGUGCGUCAACUUCGCCGAGCUGCCGGCGGCGCCGGGCGACGAGCUGCCGCCGCCGGGCGGGGGGCUGCCGCCGCGGCAGCAGCGCCUGGUGGAGCGGCUGACGCUGGAGCUGUACUGCCAGUACGAGGCCAGCCUGCCGUUCCGCGAGGCGGCGCAGGUCGGCGCGGCGCCGCGGCCCAUGUGCCUGGACGCCAUGCGCGUCAAGCUGCAGCCGCGCAGCCCGCAGCGCUACACGCACGUGGCGCAGUUCGUCGCCGACGCGCGUCUGCUCUUCCGCAACGCGUACGCCUACAACCCCCCCGACAGCAGCAUCUACAAGGACGCCAAGCGGCUGGAGGAGUUCUUCGACGCGCAGCUGCUGAAGUGGCUGCCCGAGUACGCGUACUGGUCGGGCGAGGGCGAGCCGCCCGCCAAGCGCCCGCGCCUCUAGCGCAGCGUCCAACGCCCGCACUCUCUCUGCUCAGUUCCUGUCUAGCGACACCCGACACCGCGCGACUCGACUAUACUCGACAUAUGUCAGGCUCUCGCAGCUCCACGGGUGAAGCUAUUUAUGUUAGCAUACGGCUUAAUGUCGCAACUGUUACACUCUACUGUACACUAUUCUCUAAUAAACUUAAGCAAAGCGUUAAUGUCGUCGUUUGUUCGUAAAACUGGCCUAAUUUUGACGAAAGCGUCAGGUUCGGUGUUUUUAAUCCCAUAAUGGUGAAUCUUGAUCGUCUGUGCAGACCAUAAAAACUGUAUCGAAAAAAGAAGACUAAAAGUGGAUUCGGGCAACAGACGCUUUAAGUUAUUUUUCUUUUAAUAUUUAGUUGCAGUUAACAACAACUGCUAGCCCAGAGGAUACACAUUAGCAUUCAGAUUAUGGCAGGGCGGCGUUUGAUGACAUGCCGUGCAUUGCAUCACCUAGCCACUAUACGAGUCGACGACCGACAUUAAUGCUCUGCGACGAUGUUUCAUACGUUUACUUGAGUAUCAGUUGAUUGUUCUGGCGGACAGCAGCGCCUGCGCGUUACCAUGGUAACCUGCUCAGCUGAGCGGCGGCCGGCCUGCCUCCUCCACAUUUACUGUAUAUCUUGGAUCACAAUACGUUGUACAGAUAUGUUUUAAGCUACCAUUAAAUAGACUUUUAUUGGUUAAUAUUUUAUUAUUACAAUACAAUAUAGGUAUUUUUAUAAUUAGAUAAAAUAUUUUAUUAAAACUUGUAGGCAACUGACGGUUUCUGUAGGCUAAGCAUUAUUGUCAAACAAUUGUAACGAUUUGUUCGAAGUUUUAUGUCAUCACUAGGUGUUAAAUAUUGUGAGAUAAAAAUUAAAUACUUGACGAAGAUGAUGAUGAUGAGCGAUCUCUUACACGCGGGUCGGGUCGUGCACGUACAUUUCUCAAUAUGCCUAUUAACAAUUACCUAUUACCGAGUUCGCUCUCUGAAAGUCAUGUCAUAUUGUAAUACGUUAAUAACGUUAAAUUCAUUUUGGAAUCUAUGACGUUAACGAGUUACCGUUUUUCAAUACUUUGGUGAAUAAAUAAAUAAAAUUAGAAAUAUGUCAAAGUAAUGAUUGUUGUAUUACGAGCGUGCCAAUGCCGUGUGCGCCGGCGCGGGCGCAGCGGACAGGGACGUGCGAGGCAUACGUUACUGUACUUGUGCGAACCAAGUGAUCGACGGGGCUCUCCGGGUUAUUGAUAAUCUCCCUAUAAGUAUUAUUGUUCUAGAAAUAAAACACAUUUAUUGGAA